AUGCGCGGUGUUAAAGCCCGAACAAAUUUUGUUUACCCUCCUCCUUCUCCUACUCAACCUACUUCUACUAAUGAUGGGUUAACGUUUCUUAAUAUUCCUAAUUCGUUCAACUAUACUUGUGCUAAGUCAUUUCCCUAUCAGGCUGCUCUAAAGGACUUGUCGAAUAGACAGUUUUUUCACUCCUCUAAUUAUCCGCCUUCUUAUGGUUCUGGCAUUAGGGGUGUCAAUGGUACUACAGUUGCUACUUCGACUCAGAAAAGCAAUGAUUCUUUGAACAUGCUUCUAUUUCGUGAACUUCUUAGUUCGAACCCCUCCAAUACUACUACUACUACUACUACUACUUCCCUUUCUUCAAACACUGGCUUUAACAACAACAUGCCUUUGUAUGAACAGCUGCCUUUAAUGUUUAGUCGCAAUAAUGCUAGUAUUAGUUUGAAUUCUUCAACUUCUGAUUUGAUGAAUCAUACCUGUUCUUCUUCCACUUUUUUACCCACUACUAGCAAUGGUAUUAUUCCCAGCUCCUCCGUUAUGACUCUGCCAAAAAUCGAAAACAUUCAUUCACUCAACAACAACACUUGUAUUCAUGAUGAUUCGGGAAUGGAUUUUUUUCCUUCAGAGCCAACUGAUUCUGGAUUACUGGAAGAGGCCUUACAUGGGUUUUUCCCAAAGCCCAAGCCCAUCAAGUCUGAGCCAUUCCCUUCCUCUACUAAAGGAGAAUUAUCUGGAGUUUCUAAUAUUCCACAGCAGAUAAAUGAUGGUUUAAACAGUGGAUUUGAAUUCUCACAAACGUCAUCAUCUUUUCCAAUGUAUUAUCAAGAUUUUGCAGCAAAUCUUCAGGUGUCAUCAGGAGACAACAUGACGGGAGACAUAUUUCAGUACCCAGACCUUCUCAAUAUUUUUGCAGCUAAGCUGCAGAAUUCUUGA